AUGAUGACAAAAACAACAAGGUCGAAGGGGGAGGCAAGAGGAAGUAGUGACGGUAGUUGGCGGCGAGGAGCUGCUCUAGUAGCACCCUCGUUGGUUCUUUCUUCUUUUUCUAGCAACAUAUCUCAAAGAUGGAGGCAAAGAGAGAUAGAUCGAAGAAACACAACAGGUAAAGGGUGUUUGGCUGUUGCUAUUCGACCCGGAAGGAAGAGAGACGAGAAAGAGAAAGGUCGCCGCCCUUUUCUUACUGCUAGAGGAUCACUCACCUCCGAUGGGAGGUGCUUCCAGAUAGAAAAUGGAGAAGGAAUGAGGAUAGCAUCAACAAUGAUUUUUAGGGAUGUUGUGGAUGGUGUAUCACGACUAGAGAAGAAGACAUGGGGUGUUUUGCCCCUUUGCUCACUAAAAAAAGCAACACAGCUAAGGUGUGUUCUUGGCAGCAAUCAAACACAGAAGAAAGAAUAA